UCUGAUCAAAGAUUUAUGUAUAAGAUCCUGAAGUAAGUUAGAGACAAUCCUCACUGGAUGGCACCACAGAAAAAACUUGAUCAUUUGAAUAGUUAACUGACUUCUCGUCUGCUCUAUCUUAUGAUUUAAUCUUUUUUUUCGUCUGUUUCGUCAAAUUUCAUUUUCAUAAUAUUCUACACUGUGACUUUUUAUGCUAUUACUUUUAUGCAAAGCAGCCACAGUAUUUCAUGAGUUUCUGAAAUUCUUUUAACAAUAUUUUAAACUGUGAAUUUUUUCAAACUGACGAGCCGUUCAAUUUCAAAUCAUCGCCAUUCAGUUACUUUAUGUCACAAUGGAGGUCCAAGAAGAUGCUUCAUCGCUUUUACUUCGUUCUUAUAAGGAUGGCAAGUGGAGUGAUAUAACCAUCAUGAACGGAGAUAACGAAUAUCGAGUCCAUAAACAUGUUUUAUCGGAUGCAAUUCCUUAUUUUGAUAAAAUGUUUUCAUCUGAAUUCUCAGAAUCAACAAGUCAAGUGAUCAAACUAGACUUUCCGUCUUAUGCAUUUGAUCUUAUUAUUGAAUGGGCUUAUUGUUCCAAAAUAUUGAUUACAGAAGAUAUUGCUGUUGAACUUUUCCAUCUUGCUGAUUACAUGGAUAUUUCUAAACUAACGACUAAAUGUUUAAAUUCCUUAUGGAACAACUUCUCUGAUUCUCCAUUAAUAGAUAUAGAACAUUGGAUAAAUGAAAUCGUCACGGGAGAAGGGCAUGAAAUCAUCGAUGGAUAUAUUUGUUCAAACUUCUUGGACAUUGUGCAUACAAAUGGUUUUCUUCAUUAUGCUGUUGACACAGUUGAUUAUAUAAUUAGUUUGGAUCACUUACAUAUCGAUAAUGAAAUACAAGUUUUCGAUGCUAUCAUAAGAUGGAUACAAAAAAGUGUCGAAAGAAGGUCUCAUCUUCCAAAAUUGCUUAAGAAGGUUCGCUGGGUUGAAAUAAAUGCAGUCCAGUUCAUGAAUAGAAUCAAUAAAUUAUCUUGGAUUAUGCAUGAUCGAACGCGUCCAGUUAUCAUGGCUGUAAUUGAACUCAGUUUUUACAAAUCAUUGAAACAAAUCCACGAGGUUAAUGAUUUUAAUCUCAAACCUCGUUAUGAAUUAAACAGCUUUCAUUAUGCUAUCUAUAGAAAUACUGAUUCAUCCAUAAUAGCUCAUAAUUUUAAUGGAAAUUAUGGCAAGAUUAUUUUUUCAGAAAAUCGUUCUCUUCCUCCAGCUAAUUUUGGUGAUUCCCAUAUAACUGAACAUUGUAUGGACUCUGAUGUGGUUAUCAGAAUCGACUGGAAAAAUAAAACUUAUCGGUUAUUCAAAGAUUCUGAUCAUUGCUACAUUCUUUUGUUUGGGCGCUUAUUUCGAUUUAACAAAAAUAAUAGAAAAAUUCAUUUCUGGAAAGGAGGAAGACUUAUUGAGUUCGCACGUUUAUCCGGUGACAAUACAUCCAGUAAAUCAACUUUCACAAUAUCCAAACACAAAGGAAGGAUUUACAUAUCAAUCAUUAAUCCAACAAGUGGAUCUAGCAAUCAGAAUCGCAACGAAAAUCCCAGGGAAUACAAAUCGCUAUUGACAAUUAAUAAAUGUUGGCCGUACGGAAAUAAGUCCAGGGUUGUCGCAAGUCAUGAAAUCGUUACAAAAGAACCCAUAAAGAUGCUGAAAAGUACAACUUUACGUGACUUGCUCGUAAUAUUUAUAGACUGCUCAUUGAUCCUUUCAUACGAUUUUCAAAAAAAUAUCUUUAAAGAGCAUAAAAAUAACUCCAAUGGUAGUAGCCUGUGCUUUUUAUAUUAUCGCCAUUUUGGUCCAAGAUUGUUGGUUUUUAAUAAUGAUGGACCCCCAAUUAGUCAAGGUUUUAAUACUGAUGGAGAACUGUCUUGUUGGCCCGGUUCCUACAAUCCAUAUCCUAAUACAUCCAGUGCGAAUCUGAUUGGUUUCAUUUCGUUUGAAUCGAAACUUCACAACAGGAUACAUGGUUAUCUAAUUAAGUAGAAUCAAACACAAGA